CUGGCCCUGUCACAUCAGGCUGUGAGUUCUUUCUGGGGAGGCCGCUGUUGCUUGGGACAGCUCCUGCUCCAGCAAGUUAACAAGGGCCUCUCACUUUCUCCGUUGCCCAGUUCGGGCCCCUGCACCUCCGGCUCUGGACCCUGGCCCCCUCGUUGGGCCCACCCCCUGGGGCGGAGACAGGCGGGGCCGGGGGCGGGGCCGGCCGCCCUUCAUCCCAGCUGCCUGACAGCACUGUGUAGUCUGGGAUCAGAGAGGACAGCGCCAGAUCGCCGAGCGGACCCCGGAGCGGCUCCUGGAGCCUUUGGUCCCCAGCAGCUCAUAGCUCUUCGCCUGAUCCCGAGAGUCUCAGGUUUUUCCUGUCUCCGAGGCACGCCAUCAGGACCAAAGGUUCUCAGUCCCCUGCUGCCCGCAUCGGUGCCCCGUCCAGCCAUGAACCCCCCGGAGGUCCCUGCACAAACCGAGAUGGUGGAACUGGUGCCCAAUGGCAAACACGUAGAAGGACUGUGCCCCGUGGCUUUACCCACCGUAGGAGCUGAAAGGUGUGAGGGUGGAAGACCCAGCCACGGGGAAGCAGAAGGAUUCCUGCCCCAAAAUGCCAGCAAAGAGACGCACUUCACAGAUUUUGAAGGGAAGACGUCAUUCGGGAUGUCUGUGUUUAACCUGAGCAAUGCCAUCAUGGGCAGUGGCAUCCUGGGGCUGGCGUAUGCCAUGGCCAACACUGGCAUUCUGCUCUUCUUAUUCCUCCUCACCUGCGUGGCCCUGCUGUCCAGCUAUUCCAUCCACUUGCUGCUCAAGUCUUCAGGGAUUGUAGGUAUCCGGGCCUACGAGCAGCUGGGCUUUCGGGCCUUUGGGACCCCAGGGAAGCUGAUGGCGGCAAUAGCUAUCACCCUACAGAACAUUGGAGCCAUGUCCAGUUACCUGUACAUCGUGAAGUCAGAAGUGCCCCUGGUCAUCCAGACUUUCCUCAACCUCCCUGAGAAAACCUCGGAUUGGUACAUGAACGGGAACUACCUGGUAAUCCUGGUCUCAGUCACCAUCAUCCUUCCCUUGGCUUUGAUGAGGCAGCUGGGAUACUUGGGCUACUCCAGUGGCUUUUCUCUCAGCUGCAUGGUGUUCUUCCUGAUUGCAGUCAUCUACAAGAAGUUCCAGAUCUCAUGCCCACUGCCCACAUUCUCUGCCAAUGUGACGGGCAAUACCAGCCACGUGCAAAUCAUCAUGAAGGAUUCCUCGGGUGGGGACCCCCUCAUCCAGGCCUCCAACACUGACAGCUGUACCCCCAGCUUCUUUACCCUCAAUACUCAGACAGCAUACACCAUCCCUAUCAUGGCCUUUGCCUUCGUCUGCCACCCAGAGGUGCUGCCCAUCUACACAGAACUCAGGGACCCCACAAAGCAGAAGAUGCAACACAUAUCCAACUUGUCCAUUGCUGUCAUGUAUGUGAUGUAUUUCAUGGCUGCCCUCUUUGGCUACCUCACCUUCUAUGAUCGGGUGGAGUCGGAGCUCUUGCACACUUACAACAAAGUGGACCCCUUUGAUGUCCUGAUCCUGUGUGUCCGUGUGGCUGUGCUCACUGCCGUCACCCUCACUGUCCCCAUUGUCCUUUUCCCGGUCCGGAGAGCCAUCCAGCAGAUGCUGUUCCAGGACAAAGAGUUCAGCUGGCUCAGGCACACUCUCAUUGCUGUCAUCCUGUUGACCUGUAUCAACCUGUUAGUCAUCUUUGCCCCCAACAUCCUGGGCAUCUUUGGAAUCAUUGGUGCCACCUCCGCACCCUGCCUGAUCUUCAUCUUUCCAGCAAUCUUCUACAUCCGAAUUGUGCCCAAGGACAAGGAGCCACUGAAGUCCACCCCCAAAAUAUUGGCCAUAUGCUUUGCAGGAUUAGGUGUUCUCUUCAUGACCAUGAGCCUGAGUUUUAUCAUCAUUGACUGGAUCUCUGGGAAUGGCAAGAGCGGUGGCAACCACUAGGACCCAGCCCGGCCUGGGGUCACCCAUCGCCCACCCACGUGUGCCAUUGCCUGCUAGGACUGCUAAGCUGCCCGGGCCCGAGGCUGGUGGGGGGGGGAGGAAGGGAGGACAUUUUUCACUCAAUGUGUGUUUUGUCUUUAAUUUUAUUAUCCCUUUGGAGGAUCUUUUUUAAAAGGGGUGGGGACCCUGCAGGGGGUAGCACUGGAGCAGCUGGUACAUUGGGUUCUCUCCCUACGGGGCGUGGAGGCCACGGAGGCCGGGCAUUGGGCAUCCUUCAUCUUCCCUCCUGGGGUCUGGGGAGGACUGAUGCCUCUUGGGAUAUCCUCCGAUUGUCUCCACCGCUGACUGCUCCCCCGGAGAGGUGGGGCUCAGCAGGGGACAACCCCAUGCUCUAAGAGAGGACCGAGGACCUUUUCGGUAAGAUUGGGCCAAAUGCUCCUCAUGCUCCUGAGGCCCUGGAUCCCCAUGCCUCCUCUCUUGUCUGCUGGCCAAAGGUAUCUUUAUCCCUUUGGCCCCCCUGCCACCGGGUCCCCCUAUCCAUGGAGGGUCUAGAAACCAAUUUGCAGGGGAAGGGAGGGAGAUGGCCCCUAUUCAGAGACUUUUUCCUGGCCCCAGAUGCCUCUCCUCCCUGGGGCCAAGGAGAAGCCUAUUUGUAAAGACCAUGAAAUUCAGCCCUUGGUAGAGAGAACUAGGAAAAGGCCAGUGGCCUCCGGCCAACCCCCUGUCCAGCCAGUUGGGAAGGAAAAUGGGUGUCCAUCACCUCUGGGAAGAGGCUGACUCAGAGCUCACCUGAGCCCUCUUGGGACUCCCCCGUGGCGCCACUGCUAGGGGAAUUACGUGUGGGAUGGGAGAGAUUUACUACUCUCAGCCAGAAAAGGGAGAAUCUAGGGAUGGGGAGACCUGGGGGAGAGGGGCUCCCUUUAAGCAGCCAAAGGCUGGCCCGUCUCUAAGGCCUUGACCUUCCCCUAUCCAAGAGGGCUACACCUGUGCUCCUCGGGGAGCCCCAACAGCUCUCUCCGAAGGUCAGCUGACAGUGGGACCCAGAGGUCUCUGCAAGGGCUUCCUCUGGCUCCUGCGUCCCCCUCUCGUGCAUUCUGUUCCUUCCACCCUACCAGUGGGGCUCUCCCUUGGCAGCGUGGGAUCUGAGAGGCAGGAGUCCCCCAGCUGUUUCAGGAAAGCUGUGGCUCCAGCCAGUCUCAACCCAGGCUGGGUAAACGGGGACCAAGGCCGGCUUUGCAGGCUCAGGCUCCCCUACGACUGGCUCUUCUGGGUCUGGGGGGUGCAGGCAGACCCCCGAAACCAGUCACCCGUAGCCCCGUCUUGCCAACUUCCUGCUUCUGCCUGGUUGGCACCUUCUGCCUGGGAGUUAGUGGAGGGGAGCUGAUGGCCAAUCCGGGAGGAGGGGGACAGCUAAGGCGGAAGGCUUUGGGCCACAGAUGGGACACGGACUUUUUGAGAAAUGCCACCUACGAGCAUCCUUCGUCUGUGGUCUGGGAGCUCCCUGGGCUGCCUGGUAUCCAAGGACUGCACACCCAAGAGCCCAGCCCCAGCCGGCAGGGCAAGAGAUGAGCAGAGAGCAAAGACGCCUCUCCAUACCGGGCGGGUCCUAGUGCCGGGGCGCAGCCACCCCAGCAGGGGCUGUGGAGUCAGGAAAAUGGCAGGAGGAGCGCAUUCUCCCCUGACACCCUGGCUCGUCCACCCUGGAAGGAGAACCCCGGCUGCUCCUAAGCAGGGAGCUGGGAAGAUGAGAGAGCCGCUGGUGCCAAGCCCUUCCAAGGCAUCGGAAGCAGCAGGAGACAGGAAUAGCCUUCAGGGUGGGAGCUGGCAGCCUUUGGCCGGAAGCCCCCUCCCCCCUCCCCAGUCCCUGAGGGAGGGGAGUGAGGAGUGGGCUGAGGCAACGUGAGGUGCAUUUCCCUGAGCUCAGGACUAGCCUUCUGAGCCAAGUGCCGGCUCCUGAGAAAGUGGGGCCGCGCAGAGGCCUCCCCACAGGCGGUGGGAAAUGCCGGCGGGGAGUGGGCAGGAGCUCCCACACCCCCACACCCCCAGGCCCCCGGAAGGCCCGAGGCUCAGCCAUCUUGGCUCCCGCGGAGCGGCCGGGGGAGGGACCAGCCCUCUCACAGGUUGCAUUUCCAGUCCUCUGUCCAAGUGAGCUCCAAGCUUGGAAACUCCGACCUCCAGCCCCCACCGACACACCGCAGACCUUCAGAACAAUAAAAGUCAGUGAAAACUGA